CAGGUGGGCGUCUAAGAGAGUUCAGCUGAACGGGGACACAUGGGGUCUGCAACUCAUCUCCUCUACCGAGUCUUAAACCUUUUGUGUUCAGGUGUCCUUUGACCAGCUACGAUUGGUUCAACAGCCAUUCCUGGACCAGGGAAGCCUUGCCACGGUGGUUCAUGCACUGAUGACUUCAGGACUGAGUUACUGCCAUGCGCUCUAUGUGGAGCUUCCCUCGUGUCUGAUCCAGAAGCUGUAGCGAGUGCGGGAUGCUGCAGCACAAUUGCUGGCCACAGAGAGACCUUGUCUGCAUAGGAAGUCUGGGCUCAGAGGUCUGGUUACCCGUUUGAGUUCAAGCCAUUAAUCUGAGCACUUGGGGAGGGAUCUCUUUCUCCUCCUCUGGGCAGCCUGUCCAUCUUCGAGAGUUAAUAUAGGAUGGAUAUGAUAGGAAGUGAUGUUUCCACCAUAAGCGGAAGGAAGAGAGCUGCUGUCCUCCCUCGCAGGGGUGGCUGUGGACUGGCUCAAGAAAACUGCCCGUCUCGGGGGCAAGGGAGGAUGAGUUUGGAGCCCCUCCCUCCUGGGAGAAGCAUGCGACCAGUGGGCGGGGCCUCUGCGCACACCUGGGGGGCCCUCCUCCCUCCCUUCAGAAUCCCAACUGCCACCUGCGACCUGAGCUGUGGGGGGUGGGGGUGUCCAACUUGUUCAAAUCUGCUCGGAAACGCUCUCUCCAGGACUCUUGCCUGAAGCCUGAAGAUGACUGCCUUCUAUGCCGAGGAGAUUAUCUACAACCUGAUACCCAAAGAGGAGAAAAAACCUAUGAAGACAGUCAGGUUUAUGUCGACUUUCAAGCCAACUGUGAUACGCGAAAUCCAAGAGAGGAAGACGGCGCCCUCCAAAACCAUGGGGAUCCCCAAGCUCUACAUCCCCACUCCGAGAGAGUUUCUUCGGAAGCAUGCCAACGAACCCAAGCUCUUAAAGCGAAGAAGGAACCAAGGCAUGAAGAAGCCGCCAGGGCUGAAUGUGCCCGAGAGGAACGACCACCCCAUCAUGGGCAUCCGAAGCAAGAAGGAUUACAUCUCCUCAAACGUCGCCGAGGCCAUCAUGGCCGUGGCCAAGAAGCCCCUCCGGGCAUGUGUUGACGUGCGGAAGGGAGACAAGUUCCUCCUGGAUGAUUCGGGGCUCAUUCAAAGAUACCUCCACAAAAAGGAUUUUGGUGUGACACCAAAAUACAUUAAGAAGCGGAUAAUGGACGCCAAGAAGGCUCAGGAGGAGAGCGAUGCUUACCUCCAGCAAGCCCUCAUGCAGAAAGGCCUGACAAGACUCUCCAAGGCAGAGAAGGAGAAAAUCAUGGAGGGCCUGAAGAAAAACUGGGAGGAGAUCAACCACGAAUACCAAAGUCUUUCCGUUUUCCUCGAUUCGAUUCCGAGGAGACUUCGCAAAGAGAAGAUGGAGGUGGAGAUGAUGCAGCUGGAACACUACAUCAAACUACUCGAGAAACACGACAUUGUGUAUAUUUCAAGCGUCUAGGGAUAUCAUCAGAGAUAUUGGGCAUGAUCCAGGCUCAGUCAAGCAGCUUCAAGGCCCAUCAUUGGUAACAGGGUGAGAACGAAAGCAUCACUCACAGUUCUCCCUCUGAAAUCAGUGAAGCCACACAGGUCCUCCACUGCGGAUGGAAUCUGCCCGUCGUGUGACAAGUUGCUUUUAACAAAUUAUUUUAAUAGUUGCUUUUAGCCAACAUGUAAGUUUGGACUGUUACAGUUUUGACAAAAAUGAAAUCUUUUUUUUAUUUUGAAAUAAAUGUCCACAUCAGUU